AUGGAGAACGAGAAGGGAGAAAUCGUCGAUCUCUACGUGCCCCGCAAAUGCAGCGCGACCAACCGCAUCAUCAAGGCCAAGGACCACGCCAGCGUGCAGAUCUCGGUGGGCAAGGUCGAUGAGAACGGCCGGUACACGGGCGAGAACCAGGUGUACGCGCUUUGCGGGUUCGUGCGGUCCCGGGCCGAGAGCGACGACAGCCUGAACCGGUUGGCGCAGAAGGACGGGUUCUUGAAGAAUGUCUGGAGUGCGCAGGCUACGAGAUGA